UACUCACAUUCGAUUCUCAUUGUUGUUCGUGGAUGUGGAUGACUGGGAACAAAACUGCUGGGGCAAGGGAUUACAACAGAAAUAAGUGUUGAUCUGAACUUGAUUUGUUUCGCUUUUUAAGAAAAUGAGAGGGCCUCGCCUAUUGUCUAUUCGUUUUUCUUUAGUCUUCUCUUUGGCUGUGGGGAUAUUAUAUCUCCCUUUAGCCUUCAGCUCAUUGUCGGAUGUCACAGUGGAUGUGUUUGGCAGGGAACGUGUGUAUGGAAUAGUCUCAGCAUUCGGAGACUUGGACGCUGACAAAGCCACUGACGUGUUCGUUCUUUCCGAGGACGGGAAAUCAGUCUUCAUAUUGGAAGCUGAUAUCGAUAUUGAUUUAAGAAAAGAUUUUACUGAGUUCAAGAAAAGAACAUUCAUCGAAGGCAAACCAGAGGAUGCUGUCAUCACAAGUGUUGUGCCUGGGGAUUUUAACAGUGAUUCACAAAUGGAUGUGCUAGUUACAAGAAAGCCUAAACAAGAUUCAACAGAAGUUACUGUAGAAAUUUACCCUGGGAAUGGAGCUGCAGCAGAGAAACCACUGACUUUGACUGAAACAUUCCGAGACCAGCCAGUUGUUAUUGACUGGAAUGGGGAUAUGAUUCCUGACUUAUUUGGAGAAACAGCUGAUGGCAGAAGAGCUGUUUGGAUAUUUGUGAAGAAUGGCUCUUACGCCAUGGAGUAUGUAACCAAUGGCACUGAAGGGAAAUUGCCUCAGCUGAGGGUGCCUCAGUCAAGUGCUUUUCUGGAUCUGGAUGGGGAUUUGACAGCCGAUCUGUGUGCAGUGUCUUCUGUGGGUGGUCAAGUGUCUUUUGAAUUCUGGUUGAAUCAGGCAGGAAACUUGACAUGGGUGAAAAGCAUUUCUGCACCUGCUUCGUUGAAGCAUGUUGGCCAAGCAUCAUUUGUUGACUUCAACGGUAAUCAUGAGACGAACAUCGUCCUGCCUGGAUGCCUAGAUGAAGAGUGCAAAGAAGCUGCCAUAUUUGUGUGGACCAACAAUAAAUACACAGAAGGCGCCAGUGGGGGCAAGUGGCAUCGGUUGGACGUUAACUUCAAGCCGGACGAAAAUCACCAAACCUCAUUUGAGAAAACUAUCAACCCCACCUCUUGGCUCUCCCUGCCCAUCAUGCUGAGGAUGGGUGAUUUUAACCAUGAUGGAUAUCCCGAUGCAGUCGCAGUGCUGAAAGAAACGCAUGCGGGGAGCACUAAUAUGUCAUCAUUCCUAAUGUAUAACGAGAGGUGUGGGACAGACAAAUGUGAAGGAUUUUCCCGAACUCUCUCCAUAGACUACGGUCAACCUCUACAUAAGCAUAAACCCGUCAUUGCAGCAUUUUUUGACCUCAUGGAGAAUGGUGCUCUUGACAUUUUGCUAUCCGAGGUCACUGGGGAUAACAGAGUCUUUAUCAGGGCCAUUGAGCAAGACUUCAAUGGAGAUGCCAGUUUCCUCAAAGUGUUAGUGGUGAGUGGACUUUGUCACAGCGACUGUCCCAAUGACCACCAGCCAUAUGGAGUGAACCAAGUGGGUCCCACGGCUAAAUUUGAAAGUACCAAUCCUUCAGGAGGAGAACAGAUCGGAAUAGCAUCACAGCUGACGCAGUCUGCAUACUUUUCCCUUCAACUGCCGUUUAUGUUGUUUGGCUUGGGGAGGACACCCAACUUUGUGGACGAGUUAGAAGUCGGCAUUCCUUAUCCAAGCGGGCAGUCUCCACGACGACACUCCUGGUCAACGAUCAUUCCCAACUCUCAUGUGAUUGUGGUGCCGUAUCCAGUGAGCUCACCUGGCAGCUGGAAACACGAGUUGUAUAUCACACCAAGCCGGCUGGUCUUGUUAACUGGAGUAUCACUCUUAGGCACCUGUGCAUUUAUCGCCAUCAUUGUUGGUCUUCUGCAGUGGAGAGAAAGGAUGGAGGAUAAGAGAGAAAAGCUUCAAGAGGCCCAGCGCUUCCACUUUGAUGCCAUGUGAUUGUUAUGUUUAGGAGCUUAUUUAGAUGUUUUGCGUUAUACUUCGCAAAGUGAGUCUAUUACUCAUGUUGCAACAGUACUGCACUUGGAACUUUGAGAACUCUUCAGAGAAUCCUUGUAUCCCCACUGCACUUUUAAUAUAAAAAAGCUUUCAAGUUAUCAAACUAUUUAAAGAUCUGCUUUUUUUCUUAACUGUUUUUUUUUUCUCUUGAUAUCUCCUUUUCUAAGUCGUGAAACCAUGUGAUAUGUUUUGCUGUGCAUCUUUCAAUUCCAUUAUUUUUAAACAUUCCAGAUUUUUCUUCUCACAGUUUGGUUUUUUAUAUGUUUUUGGUAAUACAGAUGUAGUGAUAUAUGAGAUUGGAAAAAAUGUAUCUUUCUGGCUGAUUGGAGGAUCACUAGGUCUUUGAAAA